AUGGUUCUCAUGCCAUGGCUUUUCUACGUUUGUGAUGAAGCACAUCUAAUUCAGAAAGCCGUUGAAGAGGUCCAAAAUAACUUAAAUAUUGCAGUUCUACAUGUUGCAUGCCACGAAACUGGACUAGAGUCAAGCCUUCAAAGACUCAAGUUGUUGUUGAAAAUGGAAACAGAUGAUGUUCGCAUUGUUGCUAUAUGGGGGAUGGGUGGAAUUGGUAAGACAACAAUAGCUAAAAAGCUAUAUAAUCUCGUCCAACAUAAGUUUGAAGGUAGCACUUUUCUUGCAAAUAUUGGAGAAACUUCAAAGCAAACUAAUGGUCUGGUUCUUCUUAUUCUUGAUGAUGAGGAUGAUGUCCAACAAUUGAAAGCAUUAGCCAUAGAUCGAGAAAUCUUUGGUUUUGGAAGUAGGAUUAUCAUAACAACAAGAGAUAUUUCUUCACUGAAUUUCAUUAAAGUGGACGAGAUAUACGCAGCAGAGAAGAUGAACGAGGACGAAUCUCUUGAACUCUUCAGGUGGCAUUGCUUUAAGGAACACCAUCAUACAGAAGACCAUUUGGACCUUUCAAACCAAGUUGUGCACUAUGCUGGAGGGCUUCCAUUAGCUCUCGAAGUUUUGGGUUCCUUUUUCUGUGGCAAGAGCAUACCUCAAUGGAAAAGUGCAAUAGCGAAAUUAAGAAAAAUCCCUGAUGAUGAUUGA